AUGGUUGUGGGCAUGGCGCGGAGGGUGGUGGCUGUGGGCAUGGCGCGGAGGGUGGUGGCUGUGGGCAUGGCGCGGAGGGUGGUGGCUGUGGGCAUGGCGCGGAGGGUGGUGGCUGUGGGCAUGGCGCGGAGGGUGGUGGCUGUGGGCAUGGCGCGGAGGGUGGUGGCUGUGGGCAUGGCGCGGAGGGUGGUGGCUGUGGGCAUGGCGCGGAGGGUGGUGGCUGUGGGCAUGGCGCGGAGGGUGGUGGUUGUGGGCAUGGCGCGGAGGGUGGUGGCUGUGGGCAUGGCGCGGAGGGUGAUGGCUGUGGGCAUGGCGCGGAGGGUGGUGGCUGUGGGCAUGGCGCGGAGGGUGAUGGCUGUGGGCAUGGCGCGGAGGGUGGUGGCUGUGGGCAUGGCGCGGAGGGUGGUGGCUGUGGGCAUGGCGCGGAGGGUGGUGGCUGUGGGCAUGGCGCGGAGGGUGGUGGCUGUGGGCAUGGCGCGGAGGGUGGUGGCUGUGGGCAUGGCGCGGAGGGUGGUGGCUGUGGGCAUGGCGCGGAGGGUGGUGGCUGUGGGCAUGGCGCGGAGGGUGGUGGCUGUGGGCAUGGCGCGGAGGGUGGUGGCUGUGGGCAUGGCGCGGAGGGUGGUGGCUGUGGGCAUGGCGCGGAGGGUGGUGGUUGUGGGCAUGGCGCGGAGGGUGGUGGCUGUGGGCAUGGCGCGGAGGGUGAUGGCUGUGGGCAUGGCGCGGAGGGUGAUGGCUGUGGGCAUGGCGCGGAGGGUGGUGGCUGUGGGCAUGGCGCGGAGGGUGGUGGCUGUGGGCAUGGCGCGGAGGGUGGUGGCUGUGGGCAUGGCGCGGAGGGUGGUGGCUGUGGGCAUGGCGCGGAGGGUGGUGGCUGUGGGCAUGGCGCGGAGGGUGGUGGCUGUGGGCAUGGCGCGGAGGGUGGUGGCUGUGGGCAUGGCGCGGAGGGUGGUGGCUGUGGGCAUGGCGCUGAGGGUGGUGGCUGUGGGCAUGGCGCGGAGGGUGGUGGCUGUGGGCAUGGCGCGGAGGGUGGUGGCUGUGGGCAUGGCGCGGAGGGUGGUGGCUGUGGGCAUGGCGCGGAGGGUGGUGGCUGUGGGCAUGGCGCGGAGGGUGGUGGCUGUGGGCAUGGCGCGGAGGGUGGUGGCUGUGGGCAUGGCGCGGAGGGUGGUGGCUGUGGGCAUGGCGCGGAGGGUGGUGGCUGUGGGCAUGGCGCGGAGGGUGGUGGCUGUGGGCAUGGCGCGGAGGGUGGUGGCUGUGGGCAUGGCGCGGAGGGUGGUGGCUGUGGGCAUGGCGCGGAGGGUGGUGGUUGUGGGCAUGGCGCGGAGGGUGGUGGCUGUGGGCAUGGCGCGGAGGGUGAUGGCUGUGGGCAUGGCGCGGAGGGUGAUGGCUGUGGGCAUGGCGCGGAGGGUGGUGGCUGUGGGCAUGGCGCGGAGGGUGGUGGUUGUGGGCAUGGCGCGGAGGGUGGUGGCUGUGGGCAUGGCGCGGAGGGUGGUGGCUGUGGGCAUGGCGCGGAGGGUGGUGGCUGUGGGCAUGGCGCGGAGGGUGGUGGCUGUGGGCAUGGCGCGGAGGGUGGUGGCUGUGGGCAUGGCGCGGAGGGUGGUGGCUGUGGGCAUGGCGCGGAGGGUGGUGGCUGUGGGCAUGGCGCGGAGGGUGGUGGCUGUGGGCAUGGCGCGGAGGGUGGUGGCUGUGGGCAUGGCGCGGAGGGUGGUGGCUGUGGGCAUGGCGCGGAGGGUGGUGGCUGUGGGCAUGGCGCGGAGGGUGGUGGCUGUGGGCAUGGCGCGGAGGGUGAUGGCUGUGGGCAUGGCGCGGAGGGUGAUGGCUGUGGGCAUGGCGCGGAGGGUGGUGGCUGUGGGCAUGGCGCGGAGGGUGGUGGCUGUGGGCAUGGCGCGGAGGGUGGUGGCUGUGGGCAUGGCGCGGAGGGUGGUGGCUGUGGGCAUGGCGCGGAGGGUGAUGGCUGUGGGCAUGGCGCGGAGGGUGGUGGCUGUGGGCAUGGCGCGGAGGGUGGUGGCUGUGGGCAUGGCGCGGAGGGUGGUGGCUGUGGGCAUGGCGCGGAGGGUGAUGGCUGUGGGCAUGGCGCGGAGGGUGGUGGCUGUGGGCAUGGCGCGGAGGGUGGUGGCUGUGGGCAUGGCGCGGAGGGUGGUGGCUGUGGGCAUGGCGCGGAGGGUGGUGGCUGUGGGCAUGGCGCGGAGGGUGGUGGCUGUGGGCAUGGCGCGGAGGGUGGUGGCUGUGGGCAUGGCGCGGAGGGUGGUGGCUGUGGGCAUGGCGCGGAGGGUGGUGGCUGUGGGCAUGGCGCGGAGGGUGGUGGCUGUGGGCAUGGCGCGGCGAGGGGGGCAGGAAGGGCGGCAGCGAUUGGAGGACGUGGACGCUGGUGGUAGCAGGGAGGGUGGGGGAGAAAAGAGGGGGAAGGGAGGAGGGAGAGGGGGUGGAGGGGAGGAGGGUGCGUGGUGGGCGGUGGUGGAGGAGUAUGUGGACGACAAGGGCGCGGUGCAGCACGAGAUGCGGAAGAAGCACUUUCACGAAGCCAUCACGCUUUUCAACCUGGUGGAGCGGGAGGAGGAGGUGAGGGAGGCGGUGCUGGUGGGGCGCGGCACAGCGCACUCGCUGCUGGCCCACCACCGCCUCGCCCUCCAAGACUUCUCCACCGGGGUGAAGCUGUUUCCCAACAAUGCGGAGCUUUGGAGGCAACGAGGCUUGCUGCAUGCUGCCAUGGGCAAGAGGAGAGAGGCGAUGGCGGACCUGAGUCGGUCGCUGGACCUCGACCCCGCCAACCACGAGGCGCUGCUGCACCGAGGCUCGCUGCACUUCCACGCGCACGACUACUGGGCGGCCAUCCGCGACUUCUCCACGCUGCACGGCACCCACCCGCCCGACCCGCUGCUCUUCAACGCCCUCGGUUUGGCGCUAGCGGGGGCGGGGGAGUGGCGGCGGGCGGCGGAGGUGUUUGAGCGCGGCGCGGCGCUCUUCCCGCAGGCCCUGCAGCUCUGGCUGGAGGCCGGCCGCGCCUUCAAGGAGCUGGGCGCCGUGCAACCCGCGCUGCACGCACUCGAGCGAGCCGUAGCCCUGGAGGAGUCCACAGUGGCGUACCACCGCUUGGCAUCUCUACACCAACUAACGGGCCAUCACAGGGCGGCGAUGGAGAGUGCGCGUCGGGGGCUGCGGGGCAACCCGGGUGACAUCGAGCUGAACCACGUCGUCGCCUCCGCCCUGCACGCCCUCGGGGACUUCCCCUCCGCUCUGAGGCAGUACGACCAUGUGCUCACCCUCAGUGCGGGGGACACACCGGGAGCCUUCCACGUGCUGCAGUUCAUGGCCUUCUAUCAGAGGGAGAUCGCAGCCUACACCGUGCGCAGCCUCGAUGCGCCCUUCACUGCCUUCCGCCUCGACCAUGACCUUGACCUCAACUUCCGCGAGGCGUGGGUAAAGAAGCUCUCGCCUUGGACACUCUUCCCCGCCUACCAGCCCAUCCGCCUCACCCAACCAAUCCUUGCGGCAGCCUCCCAAGCCUCGCUGCCAAGCCUGUCAAAGCAGGCGCUGGUUCUGAUUGGCGAGGCUGACAGGAUUGGGCAGCGCACGCAGUACCACGUGGACGGGUUCUUCCCCAACCACCGCCAGUACCGCAUGGCAGGGCUAGCCAUGCUCGACAUCAUGCAGCGAGUCGCAUCCACGUGGCAAGCCAUGGCCUCUGCCACGUCAUCACAGAAUAGCAGCGCGUCUUAUGAUCCCACGUCAUCACAUGAAGCUACGUGCUCGCCUGCCACAGCGCUGGACAGCGAGGCUGCUCCACCUCCAGCCUCGCCUCAUUCCCCCUCCCCCUCCGUGCCUCUCCCCUCACACACUGCUGCCACCGCUGCCACCGCUGCCGCCGCUGCCACUGCUGCCACCGCUGCCGACGCUGCUGUGGCUGGAAGGAGCGAGAAGUGUAGCAACAGCAAUCGAGGGAAGGGUGACGCCGGAAGGCGGCGGAGGGGCAGAGGCGGCAACGACAAGGGCAAAGGCAAGGGGCAAGGAGGCGAGGUGAUUGGUGGUUGGAGGGAGGUGUUUGACAGCAUCGUGCGGUGGAGGCAGAUUGCUGAGCCCACCCACACCGUUGCGUGGAUCGAUGCUCUCAAGAACGAGUUUGAGGGCGGGUUUGGGUCCAUCACAGCCAUGGCGGUGGGCCCGUCGCGCAACCUCAAGUACCACCCGCUCGCCCCCCGCGCCCUCGCCCUGCUGCGCUCCCGCCUCCUGCAAACCCGCCUUGCCGCCAAUGCUGCUGGCUCGCCCCUCCCUUUGCCAACCACCCGCCUGCCCGAGGUCGAGAGGGCGCAGUCAGUGGGCGAGGUGCACGCGGUGGUGGGGGAGAACUUCUUUGUCACCACCGAGUGCCACAGCCUCACCUUCCCGGGCCAAGUGCUCAACGGCACGCAGCUCACCGUCGUCCACUCGGGGGCGGGGUUUGACUUUGCCAUCCGCACGCCCGUCACGCCGCCGCGCUGGAAGCAGUUUGACGCCGAGCUCACUGCCGCGUGGCGGGAUCUGUGUGCCGCUGUUUUGGACCGUGCCCUGGAGACAGCUGAUGCCACCCGCUAUCGCCAGCGCAUUCAGGAGAACAUACUACGGAUUGGAUACUACUGGUACCAGUUGAUGCCGUUGACGAGGGGCAGUGCCAUGGUGGGGCUCAUCGCCGUGAUCGGCCUCUCCAUGGCCGCCGCCAUGCUCCCCACCGCCCCCAUUCCGCAUGGCAUGCAGGUGGACUGGGAGGCCAUCCUCCAGCCGCACUUUGCCGCCUUCAACGCCUCCGUGGCGCCGUGGCUCUACGCGCCUGCCACCGUGCUCGCUGCGCCCUCCCACCUGCCGCUCGUGGCCCACGUGCUACCCACCACACGCCACGUCAUUGCUGCUCUUAACCGUCAAGGCUAA